CACGUACUAUUCAGCGACGCUACCAAGCCUCCGGAGAGACAAAAAAAUCGUUAUAUUAUCUCUUAUAAUACAGUCGGUGUAACGCUAACAGUGCUUGGAUUGUUUCGAGCGCGUCGAAUGUCGCCAUUUAUCACUUGACGACGUAUUUCGUACUAUUGUGUUCCGAACAGGCGGGCUCGGCUGAAAGACAACGCUAGCGACGCAGCUAACUUCCGUCCGGGGAAGCGAUUUAUCAAUUCACGUGCAUUAAUAACUUCGAGACAGCUCCUUCGCCAUUCGUGAACACAUAGAGGAAUUUCCCUUCCGAGAAAGUAAAGCAGGCGGCCUCCAGGCUAGGCUAACGAAGGCUAGCAAGUUGAGCUAGCUUAAAAAUAGCGGGAAGACUCCCAACAUGAGCUAACAAAAGGGACUCUAUUACGCUUUGUUCGGGAAUAAUUAUAGUGUUUAGCGAUGCAACCAUACCUUUUAAGAUUGAACCCUUGAUAUUAUAAUCUUGAAACCAAACCGGAGCAAUAAGCUUGUCUAUAUUGUCUGAGCCGAGGCGAACUUUUCAGUCAACUACUACUACACGGUACACACAGUCAAAAGGAGGGCGGGGACUAACUGUCAUGACUAAAGUUACUUUUCAAACUUUACUGGAGCACAAAGGCAAAUGUUAAAUCUUUUUUACCCAUAAUUGGUGUCUAAAUGUUUAUUUCAAUUUUUAUUCAGGCGAGUGGCCCUCUUGUAUUCUUUAUCAUACCACCAUUAACAACAUGUUUAUCCCAGAGCAAUACAGUACUGGAUGUAUUUAGACGUAGAAGAACCAAAUUUCUAAAUUGUUUAGAUUACUUAAAACCGAAAACUUGGAAAAUGCUGCAUUCACGUGUCAAAGUCACGUAUUCAAUGAUACGUUUCUUACAUGUCGGUGGAAGUCACUCACAAAAAGCACAGAAAUGCUUAUGAUAGGCCUACAAUAGUUUGAAAACAACUUUGCACUGAAACAUGAGCAUUCACUGCGAGUGACAUCAGAACACCCAAAGACAAGUCGACCAAUGUAAACAAAAAAUGCAAUUCAUGUUAUUAUCUUAAUCUCUCAAUUAAUGGACUAGCAAAUUGACGGUAUUAGUUGUACGCCCCAUUUGAACUGAAUCCAUUUGAAUUCCCAGUUCAAAUGGAUUGUAAUUCUGUCACAGUGAAUAGUUAAACUACGUCACAACAAGUUUCAGUAACUUCAUUGAACAAAAAACUAUUUAACAAGCAUUCACUGUUCACAAUUUCCAGCACAAGCAUCAGCGUGAUAAAAAUGACUUAAAAUAUCAAUUACAUAAAUUAUCAUCACAUAUAUUACAAACAAGAGCUUCUUUUUGAAUAAUAACGGGUUUAACAUUCAAAGUCACACAUGAAGAUGAAUUUAUAUCGCCGUACUUCACAGAUUCUUACUCUUAUUUUGAAAGGGAUUGUAUACUGAAGUUAUGUUAAUAUAUAUUUCCGGUAUGGAUAUGAUUCUUUCACAAUAAUGGCGUUUUGUCUCGAGUUUCUUCGUGUAAACAUAAAAUUCAGUCACAAAGCUGUUCAUAUAUUUUGGUUGCUAUUUUCAAAGAGUUUAACCUUUAUUAAUUCCGUUUGAAACAACGACCACUAUGUAUUUCUAUUGGCGUUUCUUCUUGAAUGCUAAAACCAUUGGUUGAUACAGGGUGCUUUAUUGUGAAGUAGUCAGAAGGGAAAGCGUGGUGUUGCCGAAAGACUAAAGCGGCUAGCCAAGAUGGCGGAGUACUUGGCGUCGAUUUUUGGGACAGAAAAAGACAAAGUUAAUUGUUCCUUCUAUUUCAAAAUCGGUGCCUGUCGACAUGGUGACCGAUGCUCCAGAUUACAUAAUAAGCCCACUUUCAGCCAGACUAUCGCCCUACUGAACAUUUACCGCAACCCUCAGAACAGCGCCCAGUCUGCCGAUGGCCUCACCUGUGCCAUCAGUGACAUGGAAAUGCAGGAGCACUAUGAUGAGUUUUUUGAGGAGGUCUUCACAGAAAUGGAAGAGAAAUAUGGUGAGGUGGAGGAGAUGAAUGUGUGUGACAACCUGGGAGACCACCUUGUGGGGAACGUAUAUGUCAAGUUCCGCUGUGAAGAAGAUGCGGAGAAGGCCGUGAUCGAUUUGAAUAAUCGCUGGUUCAAUGGGCAGCCCAUCCAUGCUGAGCUGUCUCCCGUCACAGACUUCAGGGAAGCUUGCUGUCGCCAGUAUGAAAUGGGGGAGUGCACCCGAGGUGGCUUCUGCAAUUUCAUGCACCUGAAGCCAAUUUCUCGCGAGCUGAGGAGAGAGUUGUACGGACGGCGCCGGAAGGGAGGGCGUCACAGGUCUCGGUCACGUUCUAGAGACCGUCGAUCCCGCUCAAGGGACCGUGACCGAGGAGGCCGAGGUGGCGGACGCGACCACGAUAGACGCCGCUCUAGAGACAGAGAGCGCUCAGGACGAUUCUGAGCCACAAGCCACAAUGAUUUGCAUCCUUGUACCAUCCAGACCAAUUGAUUUUUUUUCCCUCCCUCUCCUUUUUUUAAAAGUUUGUAUCCCCUCGCUUGUAUUGUAGGAAGAAAUGAGUGGUGCCAGAUGUCGAAGCUAUGUUGGCUGUAAGUAACUUGUUAUGUUCUGGAAUGAUUUUCACCCCAUUAAAAUUUUUACGGACGA